AUGCCGAAUAGAAAGCAAGAAAAGAGCGCUCCAUCUGGAGAUGCUAACCCUGUAGCAGAUCAAGCUAACGCGAGUGCAACUGGGCCUGGAGUCACUACGAGCGAUCUGCUCCGGGCUAUCGAGUCACUCAAAUCCGAAUUGAAAGAAGACAACGAAAAGCUGAGAAGUAAUAUAAAUACAAUGCAACUGGAACUGAGCAACAAACUGGAUACGGUGACUGAGGACAUACAAGACUUGAAAGAGCGAAUGGGGACUGCAGAAACUCGAGUGUCCGAGGUGGAGGACGUGACACUGGUGCUGACAGAGGCGCUCUCUGAAUGCCUCAAACGACAAAGAAACCUGCAAUCCAAGGUUACCGACCUCGAAUCCAGGUCCCGUAGAAACAAUAUUCGUCUUUUUGGAGUGGGAGAAGGAGAAGAGAACACAUCCGUAAUGCAAUUCAUGGCGGACUUUCUCCAGCGCGAGUUCUGA